AUGACGAUCUCGGCCCUACUGGGUUUGAUCAACAUCGGAUCCAGCGUAGCACUGAACGGAGUCCUCUCCAUGGCGGUGUCCGGACUCUAUCUCUCCUACCUAACCGUGGGCACGCUGCUCCUCUACCGCCGCUGCACGGGGUCCAUCUCCCGCGUACACGACUCCACAGACGAGACAGUCAAUGUCCCCGGUGCACCGCUGGUAUGGGGGCCGUUCCAUGUGCCAGGGAUCUGGGGGGUGAUGAUCAACUCGUUCGCCGUGGUGUAUAUGAUAAUUGUGGUGUUUUUCAGUUUCUGGCCCACUCAGAUCCCAGUGAACAAGACGAACAUGAACUUUAGCGUGGUGGGCACUGGUGGCACUGUGAUCUUGGCUGUGUUGUAUUAUAUGUUUCGGGCUCGGAAAGUGUAUCAGGGGCCGGUGAUGGAGGUGACGCUUUCGUCGUCGGGGAUUUGGUCUCGUUGA